AUGAAGAAGGUGCUGAUGCCUGUGGCCCAGGGGCGCUUCCCCAACCAGCCGCCCUCCCUGAGCUCGGGGGUACCCGAGCUCUCGAGCACUGGGGACACCAACUUGAAGUACAGACCAGUACUCACCAGCCACCACAGGAGCACUCGGAGCCCAGUGAAGGUGCAGAUCCUGCCCCCGCCACGCAGGGGCGCCCUCUACACCCUGCGCUUCCAGCCCGAGGAGCAACCAGACCCUGGCGCCUCGGAGACAGGGCUGCAGGCCCUCCGCCAGUGCAGCAAGGGGAAGGAGAGUUUCCACGGGCCCCUGUGGCUUGAGGUCCCUGAGGUCAAAAGAAGGAGGGUCAGUCCAGAGGAGAAGCCAUCUGACUUCAGUCCUGUGAUGAAGAAUGGCGUGGUCCCCGCCUUCGUGCCCAGGCCAGGCCGGCUCAAUGGGGGCCCCUGCUCCCAGAGUGUCCCCAGCAGCGAGGCACAGCUGUGGCCAAGUGCCUUCAGGCCAGGCCGGCUCAAUGGGGGCUGCUGCUCCCAGAGUGUCCCCAGCAGCGAGGCACAGCUGUGCCCACGUGCCUUCAGGCCAGUGGUGAAGAAUGGCGUGGCUCCUGCCUUCGUGUCCAAGCUAGGCCAGCUCAAUGGGGGCCGCUGCUCCCAGAGUGUCCCCAGCAGCGAGGCACAGCUGUGGCCAAGUGUCUUCAG